CGCGUUUUACUCAAAAGAUGUUGUAUUAGCGCAGCAGACCGUAGUGACACUUCCGGAGGCCAAAUCUGAACCUGCAAAAUGAGUCAAAAUUUUGAGCGGUUCUGUUAGUGUGUUUAUGGACUCAACCCGGGAAAAUGCUACCGAAGAGGGGAUGUUUCCUGUUGUUUUUGUCAUGGCUCGGAUCUCUGCGUGCUCAGGAUGAGAAUAGUGUGGAGUUUUCUCUGGGAAUGUUCCAGAAUGUCAGUGUUCCAACGAAUGGGACGGUUCAAGCCGUCGUUUCCCGAAUUCCUCCAGACGUCUCAUUUAUCACGCUGCAGUUUCACACACAAUACCGUAAUAUCACGCUCUCAUACACACUGGUUCCAGUUUAUGGUCAGUCACUCACAGCAGUGGAUGCUGGUCUGUUGUCCACCCUGUUGCCCACUCAGGCCGCACUCUCCUGGUUCAUGCAUACGCCAGAUGGGAACAGUGUGACGGGGAUUGCUGUGGUACUGCCAUAUACAAGCACCGAUCCUGUUCCAGGUGCAUGUAAUCAGGAAUUUCCACUGGACAUUGAUCCAAACAUUUACCUGCAAUACAACCUGUUUGAGACCACUAUCAGCUUUGCGCCUGCUAACAUCGGAUAUGCGAGAGGAGAGACUCCGCCAGCAUGUGAUGUGGACAUGGGCUCCAGUACUCGUUGGCGGCUGGUGUAUGAGGUGUAUCAGUAUUUCCUGACGGAAGGUGACCAAUCAUGGCAGAGUCUCAUCAGCGGCAUGGAGAGAGUGGCCAAUGUGAAGAGCAUACGGGACAAUAGCAGAAAAGUGUUGUUGUUGUCAUCUCAUGAUCGGACGCAGCUGUCGUUUAACACUCUGCCCGGUCAGGGUGUGGUUUUCUCUGUGGUUGUAAGAGAUCCGGUGCUCAACACGUCAGCGUCAUACAUCCCUGUGCACACGUACGCCUGCAGCUUCAACUCCACGCUGGACGGCUGCAAUACUUUAGGGCGAGUUUCCACUAAAUUGUUUUUCAAUGUGAUUGGGGUGGCGGGGUUGUUUGUGUGUUUUCUGGGACAUCGCUUCUUCAAAUGUGAGCUGUUCUGCAUGGGAUUUGGGUUUAUGGCAUUUUUCUUCUUUGUCUUGAUUACCAGCACCACAGCGCUGGAAUAUGACCUUCGAUUGGCUCUGACGGCAGUUAUGGGUGUGGUCGGGGGCGUGGUCCUGGUGAUGAGCUGGUGGCGGUCUGGCUCUGUCAUGGUUUGCAUCUUAGUGGUCGGACUUAUUCUUGGAUUUCUCGUCUCAUCUAUCAUCUUUUUCACUCCACUUGGUGACCUUCCUAUAUUCCAUAAUGAUGUGGUGUUUUGGGUUGUGUUUACCUGCAUUAUGGUGGUUGUUCCUCUAUUCUUCAUCAGGUGGCCCAGAGAGGGUAAUAUAAUUACGUGUGGAGCGGUUGGUGCGUAUACAGUGAUCCUUGCCAUCAAUGCCUACACCUACACCAGUCUCUCCUACAUCACACUAGACGUUCUCAAACGCUUCCUCAACCACAACUUCAGUCGAGCGUUCAUCUCUGUUCCACUGCAGGACAUCGAUUUCAUCUUGAUCACCGUGUGGGUGGUUCUCGGGGUUUCUGGCAUCGUUGUGCAGCUGUAUCGCGAGCGGUCACGCCCGUUUUUCCCUCCAAGCCCGUAUGUGAUGUGGAAGCAAGAGCGAGAGCGCAGGAAGACCAACGUUCUGGACCCCAGUUAUCACAAGCCCUCUCUCCCUGCCCGAAUGCUCGGCCAUGUUCGCCAGCUCACGCGUCGCACAGAACCAGCCGGCGAAAGCACACCCCUCCUCUUUUAACCCUUGUGACUUUUGACGGAAAAGACGAUUUCCCCCUCCAGAUAUUUAGCCCUCAGUCCUGUGGAGAUGCUUUUUGUAACAACCAUAAUGAGGAUGCUGCUCUAUUUAGUGUCUGGAGACUCUUACCACAGCACAUUGGUGUUGGACUGAGCAUGUGCACUAGUGUGAGCAUGUGUUGGGAUAUUUAGAGUGCACAAUUCCCCUCAAUGCUGACUGCCACCGGUAUUUGAUGAUGUCAUAUACUGUAUAUACUGUUUAGCCAUUGGUUGAUUAUUGUUUAAUAUAUACAGCUGCCACAGAGUGAUUUUAGAUGCAUUUUAGCAUGUGACAUGGCACAGGUUGUUAGAUUUUGAACAGUAAAUAUUUUUAAAUGUUUUUAUAUUAGGUCUAUGUAUGUACAGGGUAUCAGCGCAACAUUUGAGAUUCGGAAUGAUGGUUUUCAAAGACAUCCAGAAGUUUUGUGACGUUUAUUUUUAAAAUGAAUGUAUAAUACUGUGAGUUCUGACCAAAUGAAGAAGGGUACAUUAGUAUGGCUGAUGUUUGUGUUGAUGUUCGGUGUCUUAGUGAGAUUCUCUUUAGAGAUUUCCCUUUAUAACAGAAUGUGUAGCUCUCUGGGAGACACAAGCCCAAGUAUAAUGUUUUCUGCAGCUCUGUAAACAACAGGAUGCAUGUAUUGAAGAUUCUUCUCUCAGGGUUUCUUUGUGUAAUCUCUCACGGACGUGAACUAAUCAAACAUCUCAUCUGUUAUCCAAUCCUGUCCCUGGAGGAGCCCAACACCACACAUUUUGGAUUUCUCCUAAAUCUUAACACACUUGAUUCAACCAGCUCAUUAGUAGAGGCGUCAUCACCUGAAUUUGGUGUUUCAAAUAAGAGAGACAUCCAUAAUGUGUAGUUAUGUGGACACUUGGACCAGGAUUGAGAAGUAAUGUUUUAAAUAACAGUAUAAGUUAAAAUAGUAGCUGUAUGUAUUAUUGUAGUAUUUCUGUUUUUGUCUGAUUUUUAAAUGAUUCUCUAAACAAGUAAAAUGUUAAUAAAGUUGUAAAGUUUGUA